UUACUAAAAUCAUUUGAGCUGAUUUCCCUUGGAACUGAAACAAUCUAAAAACUUCCUGGUGGCUUUUUCAGAAUAUCAGAGAAUACCAAGGUAGCUAAUAAUAUAGAUAUACACAACAAAAGAAGUUGUUACUUGGAUCUACUAUGGUUUGAGGAAGACUUUUAAAUGUAUUGAAUGGACAGAGAGAUUUCAGAAUUGAAGGACUCACAAAUGACUUGCCCGGAAAAAGGAAAAUGUUAGUGUAUAUAUUCCUGGGGUAUAUAUAUUCGAGAAACUGUGACAAACUUUUAUGACAUGAAUACAUUAUCAUCGGCCUGCUGUAUAUGUACAUGUACUAAUAUGUAUAGUUGACGGCCAGCACCCUAAAUCGGACAGUAUAUUGUGGAUUUAUUUAAACAUGGCUAAUACCUCGAAAGCUAAUGGAUCUACCACUGGGCCUUCAGCGCCAAAUAAACCGAAACCUACAACUCAUGGCCCCAAAGUUCCGACCGCUAGGGAGAAAAUAAUUCCCGUACCAAAGAAAGGAUCGGUGGAGGAGGAUAAACUUCCGUACCAAAAUAGAUGGUUUCAUCCACACAUCACAGGACUGAAGGCUGAGGAGCUCUUGAAGGAUCGAGGAUACGAUGGCAGCUUUCUGGCCCGCCACAGUGGUAGUACGACAGGCGACUUCACCUUGUCUGUCAGACGUAAUAAAGAAGUGACACACAUAAAAAUCCAGAACAAUGGAGAAUUCUAUGACCUUUACGGAGGUGAGAAGUUUGCCACCUUGGCCGAAUUGGUGCAGUAUUACAUGGAAAACCAAGGUCAACUCAAAGAACGCAAUGGAGUCGUCAUAGAACUCAAGUAUCCCCUGAACUCGGAGGACCCGACUACUGAAAGAUGGUUCCACGGUCACCUCUCUGGGAAGGAAGCCGAGAAGGUCCUACUGGAGAAGGGGAAGAACAACAGCUACCUUGUUAGAGAGAGUCAGAGUAAACCUGGCGACUUUGUCCUCUCUGUACGGUGUGAUGAACGUAUAACACACGUCAUGAUUUGCUUCCAUGAAGAGGAUACGACGUAUGAUGUUGGCGGUGGGGAGAAAUUCCGAAGCUUGUCAGACUUGGUGGAACAUUACAGAAAAAAUCCAAUGGUGGAAAAAUCAGGCACAGUUGUAUACCUAAAACUGCCGUUCAAUGCCACAAGGAUCCCAGCUUCUGGACUAGAAAACCGAGUGAAACAACUGGAGAAGGAAAAACAAGCAAAGGACCAACCCUCAGUUGGAAACGCAAAAGGUGGCUUCUGGGACGAGUUUGAGCAACUACAACAAAUGGAAGUGCGACAUUUGUACAGCAGGAAGGAAGGUCAGAGACCGGAGAACAAGUCGCGUAAUCGAUACAAAAAUAUCCUGCCAUUUGACCACACUCGAGUGGUGCUGCGGGACGGUGACCCCAAUAUGGUAGGAUCGGACUAUAUCAACGCCAACCAUAUCACGACCGAAGAUGACAGUAUGGAGCCAAAGAAAUGUUACAUUGCCACCCAGGGAUGUAUGCCAACCACUGUGGGGGAUUUCUGGAGGAUGACAUGGCAAGAAAACUCUCGUGUAAUUGUCAUGACAACAAAGGAGGUGGAACGAGGAAAGGUGAAGGCCUGUCGUUACUGGCCCGGCCCUGAAGACCCGGACGAGAUCUUGGAGCGUUCGUUUGAUACAUACCAAGGAAAAAUUACAGUUAAAAGUAUAAGUCAAAAAACAGAAAGUGACUUUAUAAUUCGAGAAUUUCAAGUGUCCAAAGAAAAGGCGACAGAAGGACCAAGAAGCAUCUUCCAGUUCCAUUUCCUUACCUGGCCCGAUUACGGUGUUCCGUCUGAUCCAGGCAGCGUCCUCAACUUCCUAAACAUUGUAAACGCGAAACAAGAAUCUAUACCCAAGGCUGGCCCUAUCAUUGUCCAUUGCAGUGCGGGGAUAGGAAGAACAGGAACGUUUAUUGUGGUUGACAUAAUCAUCAAUCAAAUCAAAACAUUUGGCCUGGAGUGUGAAAUAGAUAUCCAGAAGACGAUACAGAUGGUGAGGUCACAGAGGUCAGGUAUGGUACAGACAGAGGCCCAGUACAAGUUUGUCUAUAUGGCUGUACUGCAUUACCUGGAGACGGAGAAACAACGCAAACGAGCUGAAGAACAAAGUGUUGGCCGAGAGUAUACCAACAUCAAAUACACAGAGGGCACAAGAGUACAGUCCCGCCCACAACAAGCUCCUCAGCAGCCCCUGCGCAAGAAGGAACUUCCCAAGCUACCAGAAGAAUCCAACCAGAUCUACCAGAAUGUUCCAAAGAAUUUGUCCUCCAGCAGCAACAAAAGAUGAUGAGCAAUUUCCUGGCCUCCAACCUUGGAUGGAUGUCCCUGUGAUUUUGCCACUGACUUGCAUAGGCUCCUGAUUCUUGUGUCCAGCAUCAGGACCAGCUGUUGAAAAAUAUCGGCUUUUUGACUUACAUAAUUUUGUAUUUAUCAAACAUUCUGAUUGGCUUUUGAUCAUGUACUUUAUUAUGUAUCAGACAUUCUGAUUGGCCAUUAUGAGGAAGCAUCAUAUACAACAUGUAUUCUCAUUGAUUGAGAGAUCUUCGGAUGGAAAUUUUUUUAGUGAAGUGCAAAUACAUGUUACCAUGGUUACAUAAUAUUUUUAAUGUUAAUUUAAACUUUGUUAUGUCUUUAUUGUAAUUACUGUGAUUGUAUCACAAAUGAUGAUGAAUUUUGCUGACAUUUUAUAUAAUAUUUACCCGUAUGUAUGAAUCAUGGACAAGUAUCAUCCGGUACUUUUCCAAGAUAACGCUUUUGAAAAUCUCUUAAUUACUUAUUUGAUAAAAUAUACAAAAUGUAAAUUUCAGAUGAUUUGUACGAAUUUUUGAAACCCAUUUAUAUCUUAGAAGAAAAGUUUGCCAGAUUGCCUGCCAAAAACUUUAUUUCAUUGUUUCCUGUAACAUACAUUGAAAAAAGUGAAAUAAUGUAAAAUGUUUUUCAGUGUUUAAUUCUGUUCACUUGAACAGAGCUUACUUGAGAAUCUGUUAUUUAGGAUAGGCAUAAAAGAUAAAAGUUGCUGGAGAAACGGGAAACCAUUUUUUUCUAGUUGCAGAAACAGGAUUUUUUUCCAUGCUCCAACUGGUUUCAACAAGUUCAAAUAUUGUGGUUAAUUUCAUGUUCUUGGAUGUAUACAAUGGAUUUUAGACUAGGGUUUAUAAUUGUAUAACCAAUCUAUAAGAUACAUUGGACAAACUGAAAAGAUUAAAACUGGCAGAAAAAAAAGGAUAUCUGCAAUUUCUAGUAUGUAUAUAUGAUUGAAUUUGUUUUCUGCUCUUUUAAAAAUGAUAAUAAAUAGAAAACAAAAUCUUGUAUAAACAUCAUUGACCAGAUAUAUGUUUAUGUAGAGAUGAGAGGACUUAAAGGCUCUGCUUAAUGUCCAAUCGUUUUAUCAUAAAAGUUUUUGUCAAAAAAAAUUUUUGAAAUAGAAAUUGAACAUAUGCAUAAUUAAUAGAAAAUAUUUCUUAACGUCCAUUUUUCUUCAAAAUUGAUUACAAUUGCUAAGAUUUACAUGUAAGGUGCUUUUUGAAUGCAACAGGUUUUUUAUUUGACACUUGAACAUAUUUUAGAGGUUUAAAUUUUGCCCCAAACCGUUACAGCACUUUUAUAACAAAUAGGCUAAUAUACGGUCUCAAACUCUGUGACUGGUUGACCAAUUAAUACUGUUACUAUUUUCUAUUUUUUUUCAGGCUAUGAAUACAGACUGAAAACUUUAAAAAGACAAAACAUAUUUGUGCAAUAGAGUCGAUAAAAAUUUGAAAUUUUUCCGAAUGAGUAUAAAGAGUCCCUGGUAACACUACUGUCAAAUUGCCCAUUACAAACCCAUUAAAAAGCCAUUACAUAUGUUGGGAUUACUUUUGUACACCUUUAAUGGCCCCUAAAGUAAUGGCCAAACCCAUUACAAACCCAUUAAAGUUUUCACUAAGUAAUUGCCAUUACAAUGUAAUAGGGCCAUCAAUAACUAGUUUUCAAUGUAAUGGGCAUUAAACCUUAUGGUGUAAUGGGCAUUAAACGUUUUGGUGUAAUGUAAUGGCCAUUAGGUUUGGAGCAAAACCAUUUUUGUAAUGCCCAUUGACAGUGUCAUUACUUUCUGAAGUGUACUCUGUAAUGGCCAUUACAUUUCGUCAGAAAAGGUGUAAUGGCCAUUAAAGGUGUACAAAACUAAUAGACCCAUUACAAGAAAAUACACUUUAAUGGCCAUAAGUUUUACAAAUAUAAUGACCAUUACUUUUAAAGUACAAAAACUGUUCAGAGAUCAACAUAAUUGUAAUGGCCAUUAUGUUUUUACAAACUAAAGUGUAAUGGCCAUUAUAUAUAUACAGGUAUACAAAAUUAAUGGACCUACAUGUAACCAUUACAUGAGACGCAUUCAGAAAAUUUAGAAAAUGCAUUUUACCACUUAUUUUCAUCAAAGUUCGUCAUGAACUGUAUCACUAUGCAUGUUUGACAAUAUCCUUGUACUUGCAGUCCUUCCAUUAAAAAUUGCAUUCAAAUUGAUCCAUCAUUUGUUUCAAAUUUAUAAAUGCUUCAAAAAUGGGUAUUGUACACAAUCAUGUCGACCCAAAAUCCUUUUAAUAUUCUUCAGAUACAUGUAAGAGUGAUUUAUGUUCAUUAUUGCAUUAAUUCUCAAUGUACAUAUGAUGUGUGGUUGUACAAUUUAGAUAAAUAGGCAAUACAAUUUAAGAAAUGGCAAAGCUGUUUGAAUAUAAUGUACACUAUGUAAAUUUAGGUCACAUGCAUGGUGAUUGGUUUUAAGUUAAUUCUUACCUAUAAACAGGUUGACAUACUUCCAGAGUUGAAUAAAUCAUUUCCUGGUAGUCUUGUAUUAAUCAUGAACCAGGUAUUAAAGAUAAAUACUUCCCUUCAUUUGUAAAAUAACAUGUUCAUCUGUGUGAGAAAAGCCUCAUGGCUGCCAUGUAUUGGAACUCUCCUGCUUGAAGUUAUUGGGCGGGAAAAAUUUGGCGGGAAAAUUUGGCGGGAAAUUUGAAGUUUUCUUAUUGUAAAGGGGUUUAGUAAGCCUAUACAGUUUCCUUAUUCUUCUUUAAAGCUAACAACAAAAUUGUAAUAUAGACAUGGAAUUAAACAAUAACAAUAUAAUAAAAAAUAAGAUACUGAAAUAAUACAUUAAUUUAAGGCCAACAAUUCAUGGUAGUAUAUUGAAUAUUGUCAUAAUUAUGUAUUACAAUAUGAUGUGAUGAUAUUUGUAACAAUUGUAAUGGCCAUUACAUGAAAAAAAUGUUACUUAUGAGGAAUUGCACAUCAGAAUAAAAAAAUGUAAUGGCAUUACAUAAAGGCACUAUUCAGUAAUGGCUAUUGCAUUAUGACCAUAAUUUGUUAUGGUCUUUAAAUGGAAAAUGUAAUGGGCAUUACAUGAAGGUACAAAUAAGUAAUGGCCAUUACAUUGUGACCCUAAUUUGUUAUGGCCAUUAAAUGGAAAAUGUAAUGGGCAUUACAUGAAGCUACCAAUAAGUAAUGGCCAUUGCAUUGUGAUUAUAAUUUGUUGUGGGUAUUAAAUGGAAAAUGUUAUGGGAGUACAUAAAAUCCACAGUUAGUAAUGGCCAUAACAUUAUGAUGACUCCACUCUAAUGGCCAUUACAAACAGAAUAAAGGCCAUUAAAAAAAUACAAAACAUGAAGUAAUGGCCAUUAUUUUGUUAAUGACCAUUACAAAGAAAAUAUUAAUAGGAAAGUAAUUGAAAUUUAGAAAAAUAAUGCCCAUUACAUUACUUAACUCCAGGUUUGUCCCAAAAAAGGAAACGAGAAAUAAUGGCCAAUUUUAAUGGAAACAGUGUUUUUAAUGGGUUUGUAAUGGGUUUGUAAUAGAUUUGUAAUGACUUUGCUGGGCAGUAGUGUAAAACACCAAAAAUUUCCAAGCAGUUUUGUUGUUAGAAUGAUCUGAAGCGAAUCUGAAGUAAUAAAGAAAAAGGAUGUGUAUGCUGUGCUGUGGAUAUGUCCGAGACAUAUGUUGGUGUAAACCACACAUGCACUUGACUGCUGCUUUAAAGAGUGGUCUAAAAUUGAUGCAGCAAAAAAUUUUGCUGGAAAACGAAAAAAAAAAAUCUUUUUCCUUCAUGGACCUGUUUUAAAGACAAAAUGUUUCUCAAAUAGACAAACUAUAAUGUUGGAAGGAAAUUUCGAGGCAUGUUUAAGGUAUAGACUUGUACCAAAUUCAUUGAGCUGUUAUUGUCUUUUGAGUGUCAGAAAUUUUUGAUGUUAAUGCUCUCAUCCCUCUCUGCCUCCAUGGACCGACCCAUAUCAAAGAGAGGGACAGUCUAUUUAAGUGACAUGGGGGAGGGGGAAGGUUCUGAUAGUGAUCAUUGUUAGCGUAGCAUACAUGGUGCUCAUUUGUUAUGGAUGUUCUUGUUGAUGUUUAUGUAUUGUGAUAAAAUCAUUGAUGUUGACAGUUAGCAAAACUCGGGACUUAUUGAGGCCAAUAAUCAAAGAUCGUUCGAUUGGUUGACAAUCUGUGAUUGUCGGUGUUAUGUAAUGAAGCUGAAAGUUUCAGAAAGAUAUUAUUGAAUAAAUCCUGUAGUCUAUAUAUACUUGUUGAUAUAUGUUUUUAAUGAUUUAGACAUUGUUUAGGCACAGUGUUAGAUUAGAAGAGCCCAUGAUUUCCUUCUAUAUACAAGCCAUCAUAUGUUAUUUGCCUGGUAAGGUAGGAAGGGUGUCUCAUCCAUUUCAUACUGUAUACAUGCCUCUCUGAAGUCAUUUUCCGUUAAAGUACAUGCAAAGCAUCCAAAAUGUUAAUGCUGAAUACAUAACUUGCCGAGUGGUUAAGGUGUCCUGACACUUUAUCACUAGCCCUCCACCUCUGGGUUGCGAGUUCGAACCUACGUGGGGCAGUUGCCAGGUACUGACCGUAGGCGGGUGGUUUUUCUCCGGGUACUCCACCUUUCCUCCACCUCCAAAACCUGGCACGUCCUUAAAUGACCCUGGCUGUUAAUAGGACGUUAAACAAAACUAAACCAAACUAAACCAAACAUAACUUGUAAGUUGUUUUCCUGUUAAAUUCAAAUUUUCUCUACUAUAUUGAUAAUGUUAUUUUAAAGUGUAAUCCUCAGUAGGGAAAGAGAAGUAUUUGAAAUAAGUUCUUUAUAGUUGCAGUUAAAUAUUAACACAACAAAAAGACAAAUAGGUUCCUGUUUACGAUCAGGAUGGAAUCCAAGUAGUGUUGUUUCAGGAAUAUGAAGCAAAUGGUGAAUACAUUUCUUUUGUAUAUAGUAUAUACAUAUAAUUCUUUGCUGAAAUGAAGUAGAAUUGUAAAACAAAUGAGAACUCUUCUAUGUUAGAGAUACAGAAAAGUGAAGGGACGUUCUAAUUUAAUUAGAACUCUCCUAUGUUAGAGACACAGAAGAGUGCUGAGACGCUCUACCUUAAUUAGUACUCUUCCAUGUCAGAUAUACAGAAAAGUGCAGUGAGUCUUUACCUUAAAUAUAUAGAACUCUUCACUGACAGAGAUAUAUAAGCAUUGGCAUUCGUUACUUGAAGUCUGCAUAUUUUACUUUAUUUUUUUUAUUUUUCACAAUACACGUAUAUUAUUGUUUGUUAGUUUUUAUGCUGAUCAUCAUUUGAGCAGCUUUUGUUCUGAAUGACAACAUAGUACUAUUAAGAUUCAGAACAUUUACUUAUCAUUAAGGUUUGAAACCUGUUCAAUGAAGGAUUUUAUUUGUAGAGGGGUCUUUCUUGAUCUUUAUAUUGUAGGUUUAAAUUUGUCAAUAGCUGUGCAAUUAUUAGACUUAUCUGGAAAGAAUUAGGGUCGAUUGGCAGCCAUCUUAAAUUUGCCCUCUGUUUUGAAUACAGAAAUCAUGCUGUAAAACUGGACUCUAAAGCCACUCGAGGGAUCAGAGCAAGGUGGCAUUUUAAGGCAGAUGUCCUUUAUAGGCAGUUGUUCUUUAUAUUCAGGUGACAUUUACAGACAUAAAAUGGUCUUAAUUGGGAGGUUAGCUUUAUAAAUAACAACCUAUAUGGGCAGGUAGUCUUUAAAGCCAUGUGGUCUUUACAGACAGGUGGUCUUAAUAGUCAGAUUGUCUUUAUAGACAUGUGAUCUUACUAGACAGGUGACCUUUAUAGACAGAUGGUCUUUAUAAACAGAUGGUCUUUAUAGACAGAUGAAUUCUAUAGCCAGAUGGUCUUUAUAGACAGGUGGUCAUAUAGAGGUGGCCCUGAUCUCCCAAUAAGUUGGGUCUAUAUCCAUUCUAAUACCCAAUCUCUGUACCCAGAUUACACAGAAGAUCCCUCUUAAUAAUUAUUUUAAUUACAACGUUUAAUGUGUUUGCAGGGUGUUUAACCUAAAUUCUGUUGAAAAUCAUUUCUGAAGUUAACACUUAUUUAGUGAGUUCUGUCUGUGUAAAUGGCAAUUUACAAAUUAUCUUGAGUAAAUUAUAACAUGGAAACUGAUGGUGAAUACUGACCUAGAUUCUAUAAAUACAUUUUUGAUAUAAAUUGUAUUUUAUUUCAUUUUCAUUAUACAUGUUUAUAUUUGAUCUGCCAGUCAGAUGUAUUUAGAAAUUUAUAUAAUUUUUGGGAUUAUUUUAUUCGUGGAUAGACACUGUCCCGAGUAUUAACAUGUGAAUUAAUUAAAUGUUGGAAUUGAUCAUGCACAAGAUCAGGUAACAAUAUUUACUAAAAAAAAAAUUAAGAACUGUUUAAUAUUUCUUUAUGGCUUGUUUGUUAUUGUUUUUUGAAAGCUGACAUUUUUUUUGUAGAUACAUGUACAUGAAGUUUGUGUAAUAUCACUUUAUGAGCAGGAGACUGGUCUUGACCUGAUAUGAGCUGGUGAACUUUGACCUCAUAUGACAAGAUGAACUUUGACUUUAUGAACUGGAGAAUGUUGACAUGAUAUGACCUGUAUGCUGUUGAACUUUGACCUCAUAUGACCUGAGGAGCUGUGACCUAAUAAUUUUGACCUGAUCAAUGAUGAGGUCCUUUGAUCUGGUGAACUUUGACCUCAUAAGAUAUUUUGAACUAAUUUAUUUAAACAUAAGUUUAAAAAUCUGGAAUUGUAAAAUGUUUGUCAAAAUAAUGGAAAGACAAACCCAGAUAUCAUUUUUACCUUAUUAGCAGCAUUUGUCAUUUUGACCUUGAAGGUUUAUGCUGUCCAGUGAUAUUUGGUAUGUAGGAUGAUGCUUUCAUUGAAAGUCCAUCAAUCAAAUAAGAGGUCUUGACCACCUUUCGAAACUUUCAAAUCUAUGUUUCAAAAAAGCUUCUUCAUGCCAGUAGGCAAGUUAACCAUUCUGAAAUAAAUUAUCGUAUGCAUAGAUAGAGGACUUGCAUAUUUGUCGCCUGUUUUAAUCUGUCAAUGUUCCAUCUACAAAAUGUCAUGAGACCUGCGCCCAGUUGUUUAAAAGGUGAUUAGCUUAAUCAUUAGUGAAAAUUUCAUUUCUCAUUUGUUGAAAAACCUGUUUGUAUAUCGUCUUGAAUUUUGCCAGUUGGGAGAGAACUAUGAAUCAUAUGAAACACAGAGUUUCAUAAAGUUUUGUUAAGUUAGUUCUACCAGAAUUAUUAUAUCAGGAUUUGAAAAAUGUUGUUAAAAUGUGAUUAGCCUAAUCACCUUUUGAGCAACUGGGCCCUGAAGAUACCAGGCUUCAUAAUGUUUUCUUUGCUGUCGACUUGAAAGAAAAUGAUGUUAACUUUUAAAGAAAUUAUUAGCCAAUUUCAAAAUCGCCUAAUAUGUUGAUUUAUUAAGGCCAUUUAUUCAUUGUAUACAAUGCUGUUGAGAUUUUUACGUUUAAAAUAUUUUUGUUGCUCUUUAUAAAAUCAAAUAAAAUGUAGAAAAUGUUCUACUUACCAUUAACACUAGUAUAUAUAUGAAAUAGUUCGCAACACUGAUAUGAUAUUUGUUCUUCCAAUUGAACUGUAAAACAGAAGAUGCUACACAACCCGUCUUGCCAAAAGGUGGUUUACCAGUUGUUUAGUGGUAUGUGUCCUAUGUGGAAAUAGUAUCUUGCUGUUUGUGUCAAAUGUCGAAAUAAAUCUCGUAUAUAUUAUGUCAUAACA